AUGACCGCUGCUGGCUUGCAACGCGCUGCCGGCGGCCUCGCGCUUCUGGCGACGGGAGCCGCCAUCGGCGUUUGGUCUGAGCGCACCCAACAGCUGCGCUCGACGCCGGCAUCGACGUCCGACGAGGUCGUGACCAUCCUCGGCGCGAUCGGCAAUACCCCGCUGCUCGAGAUCCCGUCGCUCUCCAAGCUCACGGGCUGCCGCAUUCUCGCCAAGGCCGAGUUCCUCAACCCGAGUGGCAGCGUCAAGGACCGCGCGGCCAAGUACUUGAUCGAGUCGGCGGAGAAGUCGGGUGACCUUCCGCCGGGCGGCACCGUCGUAGAAGCCACGGGCGGCAACACGGGACUUGGUCUCGCGCUCGUCGCAGCGGCCAAGGGCUACAAGGCUGUCUUCACGAUGCCCGCGGUUACGUCGACGGAGAAGAUCGCGCUCAUGCAAGCGUUUGGCGCUACGACGCACGUCCAGCCGGGCGUCCCGCUCUCGGAUCCCAACCACUUUUACCACCUUGCCAAGCGCAUCAUUGCAGCCAACCCGACGACGCAUUUCGGACCGGACCAGUUUGAAAACAUCGCCAACUUCCAGGCACACUACGAGACGACGGGGCCCGAGAUCUGGCGGCAGACGACAGGUCGACUCGAUGGGUUUGUGGCCGCGUCUGGUACGGGCGGCACCAUUGGCGGCAUCUCCAAGUUUCUCAAGGAGAAGAAUCCGGCCAUCGAAGUGUGGGUCGUCGACCCCGAGGGCGGUGCGACCGCGGGCUACAUCAACUCGAAGCGCACCAACAGCACGCUUCAGCCCAACGGCUGGGAGAUGCUCCCCAAGACGAGCGGCGACACGAUUGCAGAGGGCAUUGGCCUGCCGCGCGCGACUCCCAACUUUAAGCAAGGCGUCAUGGACCACGGUAUCAUCGUGACCAACUUUGAGAUUGUGCGAAUGGCCUACCACCUCCUUCGCCACGACGGUAUUUUUGUGGGUCCGAGCGCUGCGCUCAACGUGGUCGGCGCCGUCAAGCUGGCGCGGAAGCUUGGCCCUGGUCACACCGUGGCGACGGUGCUCUGCGACGGCGGCGACCGCUACCGAAGCAAGCUCUAUAAUGCCGAAUGGCUCAAGACCCAAGGCCUUGCCGAGGCCGCCUCAGAACCCAUCGGCUUGUGA